AUGGACAGUUCCUCAUUCCUCGUUACACAAGGUGUCUUUAGUGCGCACCACCCAAAUAUCGUUGUUCAACAUUGUCACGAAGGCGACAUCUCCGGGUAUUUUGACCUUUUUGUGGGCUCCAUUGAUGAAAGCGUCAUCGGCCUUGCUGCUAUAUACGGGUCCAAAGGUCGAAUGACGAUGUUGGCAGUCUCUUCCCGCAGUCGAACUCUUGUGGUGACUCUUAGUUUUCAAAGCCGGAGAAGAGUCAGUGCGAAGAAGAAGAAAUUAAAAACGAAAACUGUCGAUAAAUUGCACUCUUUGCUAUGCGACCCGGAUGUAUUGAAGGUCACAUUUUACAUGGACAAAUUGUCGGCAGCACUAUUCCAUGACCAUGGGAUGCGUAUUACUCAGGGGAAAGACCUUCUCUCAUUGUCUACCAACAACAAUCGCACUUCUAUCGCUGCUUUAAUAACAGUCAUAGGUGGCGAUAAAAUGGUAUUCAAGGAAGCCUUAACCGAUUUAUUUUUCAAUGAUAAACCACACAAGGAAGCGGUUAAGGCAUUGGCCCUCCAAGCUUGGGUUGCCUAUUCGGCCUCGGUUCUCCCAAGCAUAUAUCCAAGGCUGAAUGGAUUAUCUUCCAUCAAUACUUCGUUUAUGCCUGAAAAGACCCUUGCCAUUGUCUCAAAAACUAUCCGCGAUAUGGACAGGCUUGUGGCACUCAAACCUUCUCGAAAAAAGCAUGACGUUAUAAGCAAACCUGAGAAGCAAUCAUUGAUUAUUUCACAGAGGUACAAGACAAAAAUUAGCCGCCUAUCAGGGACUCAGCGUCUACGAAUUACAUUUCAACGCAAUGGAAAGACAGAAUCCAUUCAAGUAACAAAGGGUGUGAAGGUUGAUGGGCGUCAAACGACAAUUGAGGUGGGCAGCAAACCAAUGGUCUUUAAUACUAUAAAGUCUGUGGAAACAGUCGGAAGAGAGGACCCCACCCCGGCUGAAAUUCAGAGAACCGAGUUUAUGCUUUCGGUACUACAAAAUCCCGUUAUAUUGUCUCAAAAUCCGUUCAUUGGCGCAAUAUGGGGUCUUCCUAAAACAUCCUGGAAGAAAAACUCUGCAACCCUAGUAACCCCUGGCAUAUAUUUUCCGUCGAAAAGACAGUUGAACGAAUCACAAUCUGUGGCAGUUAAUUUUAUACUCUCCAGCAAGACUUCCGACCGUGUUAUCCUGAUUCAUGGGCCUCCCGGCACAGGAAAAACUACUGUUAUUGCUGCGGCUGUCACUAGUGCUAUGGCUUCUUUUGACACCACACGUACGAUAUGGCUUGUUGCACAAUCUAAUGUUGCCGUCAAGAAUAUCGCGGAAAAGUUGGCCAACGUCGAUUUUUGGGAUUUCAAGAUCAUUGUAUCCAAAGACUUUCGCUUCGAUUGGCAUGAACAUUUAUACGUAAAAAUUGAAGAAAACUUGAUUGAAACUAGCAUGUUGAUUGACGACGUCCUUGCGACAUCGCGACAAUUGCUCGGUUCUCGGGUAAUCUUAUGCACCCUCGGAAUGCUUUCCAACCCUAAACUGUCUAAUGUUACUUCCUUGGUUCCACCACAGACAGUAAUCUUUGACGAGGCCAGCCAAAUUGAAAUAGGAGAUUAUAUGUCUCUUCUCCACCGUUUUAAGUCCAGUUUGCAAAAACUCGUCUUCAUUGGCGAUGAUAAACAACUGGCGCCUUAUGGUACGAGUGACAUACCGGAAUUGCAAAGUAUCUUCGAGAAACUCCACCUUCGAAAGGCUGCUGUCUUCCUUGAUACCCAAUAUCGGAUGCCUGUACCCAUUGGCACAUUCAUUUCAAAGCACGUAUACUCGGGCAAAUUAAAAAGCGAGCACGCUAUUCUCAAAUCAUCUUGCUGCCGCUUUAUCGAUGUUCACAAUGGCGUGGAACAAUCCAAGGGGCACAGCUGGACGAAUGAACAAGAAGUCAAAGUGGUGGUCAAAAUCGCACGGCAGCUCAUUGCCCAGGGAAAAUCUUUUCGCAUCAUCACUCCUUACGAUGCCCAACGGUCGCUGUUGGAGAGCAGUCUCAAGAACGCCGAACUCACAUGGGAAGACAAAUGCUUCAACAUCGAUUCUUUCCAAGGCAACGAGGAUGACUAUAUUGUAGUGACUUUGGUCCGCACAGCUAAACUUGGUUUUCUUAUUGACAUGAGACGCGUCAACGUGAUGCUGACACGGUGCAAGGUGGGUAUGAUCAUAUGUACGAACCGUGCGUUUAUGGAAAACGCUGCUGCCGAGACACUAGUAGGGAAACUUCAGAAAACUAUAAGUGGAUCAAUAUGGAUAGACGGGCACGAUGUUCUUCAUAAAAACAUCAAGACCUUCGUUUGA